UAUGACUCCAAAAGAGCACACCUUCCUGCGUCCACGAUUCAUCAUUGCUAUCAGCAGCGUUGGCCGUGUGAAGGUACUAGAUUACUAGUAGUCAGGUUUCUCUACAGCCAAUGUCGAAGAUGCGAGCAGCACGAUACUACGGCAGACGCGACGUUCGGGUCGAAGACGUUCCAAUCCCCGAGCCCGGACCGGCAGAAUGUCUCGUCGAGGUUGAAUGGUGCGGUAUCUGUGGCAGCGACUUGCACGAAUAUGUUGCUGGGCCUGUGGGAAUACCUACUCCCGAACGUCCACACCCGCUCACGGGAGGCCAAGCACCUCUGACACUUGGCCAUGAGUUCUGCGGCCGCAUCAAGGCGGUUCCCGAAGGUGAUGGCUCCAGGUGGAAAGUCGGGCAAGCCGUAAUGGUCGAUCCUCACGUGGUUUGCCGGCAGUGUUUGUCCUGCGCGUCGGGCAACGACCAGAUGUGCAGCACUCUCGCUUUUGUGGGCAUCAGUGACUCCAGGCGUGGUGGCGGGUUGUCCGAGUACGUUGUGGUUGAGGAGGAUCAUAUCCAUCCCCUUCCCGAGAGUGUCAGCCUGGAAUACGCGGCGGUCAUUGAGCCCUUGGCCGUCGGCCACCAUGCAGCGAAAAUGGCAAAUACAGACUUAAAGGGGCUGGAUGUGUUGAUCGUCGGUGGUGGACCAGUCGGUGUUGGCAUGAUCUCUGUGCUUCGUGCGCAUGGCGUCGGGAGGUUGUUGCUCAGUGAGCCUACGGCUGCGAGAUGGCGACAUGCAAAGGACGUGGUUGAUCGUGUCAUUGACCCCAAGACGGAAAAUGUGGGAGAUGUCUGUCGCGGUCUGACGGGCGGUAAAGGUGUGGAUGUCGUCUUUGAUUGUGCGGGUGUCCAGCCAGGCCUGGAAGCCGGUAUCGACGCGUUGAGGAAUGGUGGGACACUGGUCAAUGUUGCAAUUUGGGAACAAUCAGUACGGUGCACUCAGUUACCUACCUAGGUCCAGUGCUCUUGGUCUUGCUUUAGCUGACCCUUCAUUGCUAGCCUGCGAUUCCAUUCUGGCGCUUCUUCCUCAAGGAACUCAAGAUCGUGUCCUCCGCUUGUUACAACAUGGCUGAUUUCAAGGAGGUGAUGGAGUUGAUUGGCAAAGGCCAAUUUCAAGGAUACGAGAAGAUGGUGACGAGUCGAGUGGCCCUGGAAGACGUUGUUGAAAAAGGGUUCGAGGAAUUGGUCAACAACCGAGACAACCAGAUCAAGAUCCUCAUCUCACCCAAAUUGAGAUCAAGCCAGACGUGAACGGGCAUCUUGUUGCCUCGUGGUGAGGAGGGUUUCCGAUACGGGGUCUGCAGAGGUCCUGUUUAUGUGUCGCAUGCUACGUAUUGCUCUUCUUAGGCCAAGGUUGGGUCAGGUUCGUUCAUGGAGGUUAAGAGCAUCCAUCAUUGCGUCGCACACCCUUCCAUCCACCCCCAGUGAUCUUCUCUAGGCAGAUGAAAUCCCCGACCACGAUGACCCUUUGGGCACACAAUUGAACACGAUACGGGAGGUCACCAACAAUCGCAUGAGAGGCGUCUCCUCGGAUUAAACGACACUUGCCCUCUUUUGAGAGCCUUGCAGCAUACAUCUCACUCUAGUGUACAUUGAUAUUACGUUACUUUGUGC